GGUCCCAUUUGGGAUACACUAGGAUUAUUUAUUGUUACUGUGCUCCCCUCCUCACAGGUGGACCUAAGGAGGACUUUCACAUUCCGUAAUUCCAAACAGAGUUACCAUGGCAUCCCCAUCAUCGCUGCCAACAUGGACACCACGGGUACCUUUGAGAUGGCACAGGUCCUCAGCAAGCAAACUCUCUUCACCGCCAUGCAGAAGCACUACACUGUGGAGGAGUGGAAGGUUUUUGCAGCCAAGUUUCCAGAAUGUUUGGAGCACGUAGCGGUCAGUUCAGGCAGCGGUCAAGCCGACCUGGAGAAGCUGUGCAGCGUCCUGGAGGCCGUCUCUGACAUCAGAUUUGUCUGUCUAGACGUUGCCAACGGCUACUCUGAACACUUUGUGGAGUUUGUCAAAACCGUCAGGGGGAGGUUUCCCCAACACACUAUCAUGGCUGGCAACGUGGUGACAGGAGAGAUGGUGGAGGAGCUGAUCCUGGCAGGAGCUGACAUCAUUAAAGUGGGUAUUGGGCCAGGUUCUGUGUGUACGACGCGCAUUAAGACGGGAGUGGGAUACCCCCAGCUCAGUGCUGUCAUAGAGUGUGCAGACUCCGCCCACGGCCUGAAGGCUCACAUCAUCUCAGAUGGCGGAUGCAGCUGUCCUGGUGAUGUGGCUAAGGCAUUUGGCGCUGGAGCUGAUUUUGUGAUGCUGGGGGGCAUGCUGGCUGGCCACGACCAGUGUGCCGGGGAGGUCAUUGAGAAGAAUGGCAGAAAGGUCCAGCUGUUCUAUGGGAUGAGCUCUGACACGGCCAUGAAGAAACACGUAGGGGGAGUGGCAGAGUACAGAGCAUCAGAGGGCAGGACUGUGGAGGUACCGUACAGGGGGGAUGUAGAGGCCACCAUCAGGGACAUUCUGGGUGGUCUGCGCUCCACCUGCACCUACGUAGGAGCUGCCAAACUGAAGGAGCUCAGUCGCAGGACCACCUUUAUCAGAGUCACACAGCAGGCCAGCCACAUGUUCACAUAGUAGUAAAUAGACGGACGGACAACAUGAACUUUCUUGUUUCAAUUGUGCUGAUUUAACUUCAAAUGUAAAAGUGUGAAUCUACAACAAUAUUUAUGUGAAUGCAUGCAUUUUUUGUUUGUUGCCUGUACACAAUAAAUAGAAAGAGGAGAAACAGAAUGAAAUACCAACCUGGACUCAGGGGUAGACGUAAUAUAGUAAACUUAUAUCCGUGACACUCCAAAUAGUAUGAUAUGUAACGUUUGGCAUGCUAUUCAUUUGUGGAUGUCCAUCUUCCAUUUCGUAC